UCUCGGAUGUUUAAUUUCCAGCUUACCACAGUCACGUUUUACAUGAUUAUCUACAUCCAUUUCCCACUCCUACUUGCGACCACCAAUAUUAAUCAAGCUCGGCAGUGGGGUCACGCCAUCCGCAGCGUCGAGAGCAGGUGUGCACUUGAGAACUUAGCGGAGCCGACGGACGCUAGCUAUGGCUGCCUGUGGUGCCGAGCAAAGGAGGGCAGUGCCCGUGGCCAUGCCGGUGGUGGCGCUGAGCUCCGGCAAGCCGAUGCCGCGGGUGGGUAUGGGCACGGCGUCGGCCACUCUCGGCCAUGCCGAGGGGCGGGCCGGCGUGACGGAGGCCGUCCUCCGCGCCCUCGAGGCCGGCUACCGUCACUUCGACACGUCCGCGGUGUACGGCACGGAGGCUGCGCUCGGGGACGCCGCGGCUGAGGCCGUGCGCGCCAGGACGAUCGCCUCCCGCGACGAGCUUUACAUCACGUCCAAGCUCUGGAUCGUCGACGCGCACCCCGGUCGCGUCCUGCCGGCGCUCGAGAAGACACUCCGGAAUCUGCAGAUGGAGUACGUGGACCUGUACCUGAUUCACCACCCGGUGAGCAUGCGGCCGGUGGCGGCUGAAGGAGGCCCGGUGGUGGUGAAGAAAGACCUGGUGGCGAUGGACAUGAAGGGGGUGUGGGAGGAGAUGGAGGAGUGCCAGAGGCGAGGGCUGGCGAAGGCCAUCGGCGUCAGCAACUUCAGCUGCAAGAAGCUCGAAUACCUGCUCUCCUUUGCAAAGAUUCCUCCGGCUGCUAACCAGGUGGAGGUGCAUCCCUUCUGCCGGCAGAAGAAGGUGAGGGAGUUCUGCAGGACGAAAGGGAUCCAGCUCUGCGGCUACUCUCCGCUAGGCGGCAGAGGCGCACCAUGGGCCAACAACUCCGUCAUGGAAUCCCCUGUCCUCAAACAGAUCGCCCAGGACAGGGGCAAAACCGUCGCCCAGGUGUGCAUUAGGUGGGUUUACGAGCAAGGCGACUGCGUGAUCACCAAGAGCUUUAACGAGAGGAGGAUGCGAGAGAACCUCGACAUCUUCGACUGGGAGCUCACCGACGACGACCGCCGCAAGAUCAGCACGCUCCCGGAGUCGAGGGGAAACUACGACUUCUUCGUCCAUGAGUCUGGGCCGUUCAAGACCACCGAUGAGUUCUGGGAUGGCGAGAUCGUCGCCGGCCAAUGUACCGAAACAGCGUUCGUUUCGUCCGACUGAUGGAUGCAUAUGCACUAAGGUGUUCCAUCUGUACAUCUGCAAUCAAAUAUGUUGUGGUUCAACUGAAAUGUUUAUAAAUAUUUGCCACUCGAUGUUUUAUUGGUAAAGUAUGUUGAUUUCUAGAAGCAA